UGAGGAGGUGGAGUGUGGAUCAUUCUGGAAAGAUCUCAAACUGUUGUAGCGCUUCUCCUUGGACCUCGGAACUUUAUAAAGCCCUGUUUCCUCCUUGCUCCAACCAGGGAGAUGUCUGCUUUUAAAAACAAAAGAUUGAAAAGACUGAGGCCAGGUGCAGUGGCUCAUGCCUCUAAUCCCAACACUGGGAAGCUGACGUGGCCCAGGAGUUUGAGACAAGGCUGGGCAACAUAGGGAGACCCCAUCUCUACAAAAAGUAGAAAAUUAGCGGGCCAUGGUGGUGUGCAUCCAUAAUCCCAGCUGCUUGGGAGGCGAUGGUAAGAGGAUUGCUUGAACCCAGGAGUUCGGGCUGCAGUGAGCCCAGAUUGUACCACUGCACUCCAGCCUGGGUGACAGAGCCAGAUCCUGUCUUAGAAUAAAAAAUGGGACUGAACAGGUACCUGGGCACAAUGAGGCACUGUUGGUCGCGGGAAGCUGUGGGGCUUACACCAGUUGCUUUGCUCCUUGCGGUGCCUGCUGCUGGCCCCUGAGUUCUCUACUGGAGCUGACUCAGCCAGAGGGGUGCCCAUCUCCACCUUCAAGGCACACUUGUUCACUAAGGCCUGACUCCACUGCGCUCCCCUCUUUACCCCACGCGCCCCCUUUCCUGUUUCCCACACUCAAACUCAGUCUCCCCCGCUGUGCAGUUCUAAAUUACGCUCCUUUCUGGGCUCUGACUUGCCCUCAAUUUCCUUUUCUCCCAAUCAGCAUUGAAAUUCAAGCUGGAUGAUGUGCUUGGGGCCAGCACACUCAGGUCGGUUUGAAUGUAGUUGUCAGGAAGAUCGAAGUAGACAUUACCAAAUGCUGAUAUCCAGAUCUUUCUUCUGUCUUUCCUUCCUCCAGAAAGUUUUCUUGACAGAUUUAUAUGGGCCUUAGAGGUUUUAUGUCCUCACCUGCUUCCUACGUACCUCUGCUUCUUUGUUCCAUUUUGUGGUAGAUGAUUGCUCACUACUCUGACAGUGGUGUCCUCGUGAGCACUUACUGAGAGCCAUUUGAGCACUUGUCAUUCCAUGGUGUGAAGCCUUUUCUUUUCUUUUUAAGAUAUUUUUAUUUCUCCAAAUUUGUUAUUAGGAGUGACUGAAAUAAAAAACAUAAUUGAGUCCCAUCAUCAUCAUCAUCAUCAUAGAAAUGGCUUUAAGAGAAAACUGGUCAGAUGAAUAUUAUUGCUUCCCAUUUCCAACCAGUAAAUAGUUGCCACUGAUAAAUUGACAGCGAGGAGUCUGUCAAGAAUGCUCAAGAUAGCCGGGCGCGGUGGCCCACGCCUGUAAUCCCAGCACUUUGGGAGGCCGAGGUGGGUGGAUCACAAGAUCGGGAAUUCAGGACCAGCCUGGCCAAUAUUGUGAAACCCCGUCUCUACUAAAAAAACAAACAAACAGACAAAAAAAACAGCCAGGAGUGGUGGCGGGUGCCUGUAGUCCCAGCUACUCAGGAGGUUGAGGCAGGAGAAUUGCUUGAACCCAAAAGGUGGAGGUUGCAAUGACCCGAGAUUGUGCCACUGCACUUCACCCUGGGCAAUAGAGGGAGACUCCAUCUCAAAAAAAAAGAAUGCUCAAGAUAUGUUAUAUAAUACAACAUGCCUGUUCAAAUGGGGAAAAAUCCUAGGAAAUAACUUACAUGUACUUCUUGGUUUCAUCAUACAAGACAAACAAAAGCACCACCCAUGCCUCUCAGAACAUUGGACCAUGCACCCUUGAAAAAAGCUUUGCUUCCCUCAUCAUGAAUAAUCUUCCUCCAGCAGUCAAAUGUGCCUGUGUACAUGAUGUCAGUUCCUUUGCAUCCUGACUGCAUCAUCAUGCAGCGGCGAAUGGUGUUAAAUGGAUAGGAAGUCAACCCAGCAACGGCAGUGACAGUCUGUGCAUCAUCCAACUGAUGACAAUUCUCUUGAAGCAGUCUCCGAAUGUGGAGCUCUCCUUCCCACAGCGAUCAGAAGGCUCCAAUGUCUUUAGUGGUACAAAGACGGGAACAUUGUUUCUCACUUCAUACCGGGUGAUUUUCAUAACUUCGCACUCCAUCAAUGAUCCCAUGUUGUCUUUUAUGAUGCCAUUUGAUCUGAUGACGAACCUCACUGUUAAACAACCAGUAUUUGCUGCAAACUUCAUUAAGGGAACUAUUCAGGCAGCUCCAUAUGGUGGCUGGGAAGGACAAGCUACUUUUAAAUUAGUCUUCAGAAAUGGAGGUGCCAUUGAAUUUGCCCAGUUGAUGGUGAAAGCUGCCUCUGCUGCUGCCCGAGGAUUUCCACUUAGAACCUUAAAUGACUGGUUCAGCUCUAUGGGAAUUUAUGUAAUUACUGGGGAAGGGAAUAUGUGCACUCCACAGAUACCUUGUUCAGUUAUUGCCUAUGGAGCCCCACCUGCAGGAUAUGGAGCCCCACCUCCCAGAUACGGAGCCCCACCUGCAGGAUAUGGAGCCCAACCUGCAGGAAAUGAAGGCCCGCCUGUGAGAUACAGAGCCUCACCUGUGCAAUAUGGAGCCCCACCUCUUGGAUACGGAGCACCACCUGCAGGAUAUGGAGCCCCACCUCUCGGAUACGGAGUCCCACCUGCAGGAUACAGAACCCCACCUCUUGGAUAUGGAGCCCCACCUGCAGGAAAUGAAGGCCCGCCUGCGGGAUACAGAGCCUCACCUCCUGGAUCUGGAGCCAGGCCUCACGAGUCUAUAGCAGCCCAGGCUCCUGAAAACGCGGCUUCUCCUCCCUCUGCCUCCUCUUCUUAGGUCCAUUCUUAACUUUCUAAGAUGUAAACCUUGAAGACUCACCAAGCAAAGAGGUACCCUAAAAUUGAAGUCCGGAUAAGGAGGAGGACUCAGCUUAGAGUCACUGAUUCAUCUGCAUUGUGAAAAUUAGGAAACCAGAUGCUCCCAUGUUCUCAAGGACAGCCUUUCUUAAGGAAGUCAGUGACAAGGAGAGGAAGAGAGGAGAGACUCAACCAACUAGAGCAGGGAUAAGGUUUCCCUCGUUCAGCUUUUCAGUGUCUGCUGGAAUGUGACGAUAACCUCAUUGUCAGGUAGGAAGUGAAACAUACGAUAUUCUUCCUGGCCUUUGCCUUAAGAGUCUUCUGGAGCCUGAAGAGGGUGGGACAGACAACCAUGGACUGCUGGAGAACAAACUUUUUUUGAAGCUU